CGUGAGGUGUGACCGUGUGAGAGGACUACUAGAAGAGGAAGUUCGGAGAGGAGUAAAGAGAGAGAGAGAGAGGGGAGGAGAGAGAGAGAGGGGUGAAGCGAAAAGGCGAUUCGGAGAGAGUCGGCGCUCUCCACAUCCUCUUCGUCUUGUUCCAUUUAGGUAGUUAUUUUGGAGAUGGAGCCCCACAAUGGAGUAGAUGGAGAGGAUCUCCCCCCUCCUCCUCCAAUACCUCCGAAUGUUGUACCAACAAAAGCUGAUUCGGACAGAAGUUCUCCGCCGAAAAAGGCAGCAAAGCCUAAACGGGUGCAAGCACAGAGGCCAGGUGUUGCCCGUCGAGGACAGCAAAUACCUCUGUAUGCUAAUCAUUUUAAAGUUUCCGUCCGGAGCACUGAUGACUACUUUUAUCACUACAGUGUUUCCUUGAAGUAUGAAGAUGACCGCCCAGUUGAUGGAAAGGGAGUAGGGAGAAGAGUAAUUGACAAACUACGCCAGACUUAUGACUCUGAACUGGGGAAUAAGGACUUUGCCUAUGAUGGUGAGAAAAGCCUUUUCACACUAGGCUCUCUGCCUCAUGUGAACAAUGAAUUUACUGUUGUUUUGGAGGACAUUUCCUCUGGCAGAACUGCUGGAAAUGGAAGUCCUGGUGGAAAUGACAGCCCGGGAGAAAGUGACAGGAAGCGUGUUCGCCGGCCUUAUCAGACAAAGGCCUUUAAAGUUGAGCUUAGUUUUGCAGCUAAAAUUCCUAUGCAAUCCUUAGCUCAAGCCUUGAAGGGCUAUGACUCGGAGAACUCCCAAGAAGCGUUACGGGUGCUUGAUAUUAUCUUACGACAACAUUCGGCAAAACAGGGAUGUCUACUUGUCCGCCAGUCCUUUUUCCAUAACAACCCAUCAAAUUUUGUUGACUUGGGCGGGGGUGUCAUGGGAUGCCGAGGGUUUCACUCCAGCUUCCGUACCACACAAAGCGGCCUUUCACUAAAUAUUGAUGUCUCAACUACUAUGAUUGUUAAACCAGGUCCAGUUAUUGACUUUCUUCUGCAGAACCAAAAUGUUAACACUCCAUAUCAAAUUGACUGGGCUAAAGCUAAGCGCAUGCUGAAAAAUCUGAGGAUAAAGACAAGUCCACAAAAUACUGAAUACAAGAUUGUUGGCUUGAGUGAACUGCCGUGCAAUGAGCAAACGUUUGUAUUAAAGCAGAGAAAUGGUAGGGAUGGAAAUGGUGAAGAUUUCCAUACUUCAGAAAUAACAGUCUAUGAGUAUUUUGUUAAACAUCGGAAUAUUGAGUUAAGGUAUUCGGCUGAUCUGCCAUGCAUUAAUGUUGGAAAACCAAAGCGCCCCACGUACAUUCCCAUGGAGUUAUGCAAUUUAGUAUCACUGCAAAGAUACACAAAGGCUUUAUCUAACCUUCAACGUGCCUCACUGGUGGAGAAAUCGAGGCAGAAGCCUCAAGAGAGAAUGAGGGUUUUAAAUGAUGCCUUAAAGCACAGCAAUUAUGAUUCUGAGCCAAUGCUGCGGGCUUGCGGUAUUUCCAUUGCUACAAGUUUUACACAAGUGGAAGGCCGUGUUUUACCAGCCCCAAAGCUGAAAGUUGGUAACGGUGAAGAUUUUCUUCCACGAAAUGGGAGAUGGAACUUCAACAACAAGAAACUGGUUCAGCCCUCAAAUGUUGAUCGCUGGGCUGUGGUCAAUUUCUCGGCUCGUUGUGAUAUCAGGUCUCUUGUCCGAGAUCUGAUCAAAUGUGGAGAUAUGAAAGGAAUUUCCAUUGAGCAACCAUUCGAUGUAUUUGAAGAGAGUCCUCAGUUGAGGCGAGCUCCUCCCACUGCUAGGGUGGAAGACAUGUUUCAACAAAUUAAGACAAAGCUUCCAGGAGCACCACGUUUCCUUCUCUGCCUUUUGCCUGAGCGGAAGAACUGUGAUGUUUAUGGACCUUGGAAGAGAAAAUGCCUCGCUGAAUUUGGAAUUGUCACACAAUGCAUUGCUCCAACUAGAGUCAAUGAUCAGUACCUUACAAAUGUGCUCCUAAAGAUUAAUGCCAAGCUGGGUGGAAUCAACUCGUUGUUGCAUGUUGAGCAUACUCCUGCUAUUCCUCUGGUGUCUAAGAUGCCCACAAUUAUCUUGGGGAUGGAUGUUUCCCAUGGACAGCCAGGGCAAUCUGAUGUGCCAUCAAUUGCUGCUGUUGUUAGUUCUAGACAGUGGCCUCUCAUUUCAAAGUAUAGGGCAUCUGUCCGAACCCAGUCGCCAAAGGUGGAAAUGAUAGACUCCUUAUUUAGACCUACUGAAAAUGAUGAUCAAGGAAUAAUGAGGGAACUGCUGGUUGAUUUCUACACCAGCUCAGGAAAAAGAAAGCCUGAUCAAAUUAUUAUUUUCAGGGAUGGAGUAAGUGAGUCUCAAUUCAAUCAGGUUCUAAACAUUGAGCUGGAUCAAAUCAUCGAGGCAUGCAAGUUUCUGGAUGAACAGUGGUCACCGAAAUUCACAUUGAUUGUGGCACAGAAAAACCACCAUACUAAAUUUUUCCAACAUGGAUCCCCUGAUAAUGUCCCUCCUGGCACUGUUGUUGACAGUAAAGUCUGUCAUCCACGCAAUUAUGACUUCUACAUGUGUUCGCAUGCAGGGAUGAUAGGUACUACUAGGCCCACACACUACCAUGUGCUUCUUGAUGAGAUAGGAUUCUCUCCCGAUGAUCUUCAAGAGCUAGUUCACUCGCUCUCUUAUGUCUACCAAAGGAGCACCACUGCUAUCUCUGUUGUUGCGCCAAUCUGCUAUGCACAUCUGGCUGCCACGCAAGUUGGUCAGUUUAUGAAGUUUGACGACUCGUCUGAGACUUCCUCGAGCCAUGGAGGGCAUACCUCGGCCGGGAGCAUUCCUGUCCCGGAACUGCCGCGGCUUCACGAGAAAGUGAGCAAUUCCAUGUUCUUCUGCUGAGAUUGGCUUUGGUUUGCUUAAUAUUGUAUGCGGAGCCAAUUUAGUUUUUUGGGGUUAACGGGGUGUUUGACCACCCAGCUAACUUUAUUGUAUAUAUGACUGCCGGUGUGAUACUCCUGCUUAGGAUGGUCUCUAGACUCAGAUCCUGGGAUUGUUUUGUUUUGAACUAGCUGUUCUGUUUUGUGAAGCCUGACCUGGUUGAUUGACAAUUUCUUAGUAUCUCUCUUAACAUGACUAUAUGUUGCUUUUGUUGGGAAAUUUGUGCAGUUGUUCUA